AUGAGCCCCUGGAGAGGAGUUCAAGUCUUCCUUUGGAUUUCUGUGGUGUUGGUCCUGUUUCUGUUCACGGAGUCUGCCAACGAUACAUGGAAUAACAGCAGCUUCAGAGAUCCUUGCUUUGUACCUCAGAAGAAGCUGAAUGUGACAGUAGGCUCUAACUUGACCCUGUCCUGCUCUCCCCCUUCAACAUGGUCAAACUGUACCUGGAAAUAUCCCAGUCAGCUCUUGAUCCUGAAGCAAAUUGAACAUGUUCUGCAGAUCACAGUUUCUGAGAAGAGUCAAGGCGAAUACAAGUGCCACUGCAUGAAAAACGAAGUGGAAUGUGACAUAGAGGUCUACAUUUUGGAUUUUGAAUCCCCUCCAACAAAGAAGCUGGUUGGAAGCAACAGCACUUUUGCAAAAAUAAUUUCUGGUGUUACUUUUAUUUUAAUUGUAUUAGUCCUUGGUGUUCACAUAUUCAAUACAAUAAGGUGCUACACACAUGUAACAGAACCAGCACCACAAGUAAGAGCAGCAGCGCCACAAGUAAGAGUAGCAGCACCACAAGUAAGAGUAGCAUUGCCACAAGAGAUCCUAUAUUUUGAAAUGUGA